AGUGCCAAAUUUGGUGUAGCCAUGCCGGUGCAUUUGUACGGCCAGUUAGCGCAACAUGAAACAGGGCGCGAUAUAUUGCUAAAGACGGGAGAAGCUGACCGACUGCUGGAUUUAUUGCGGGAUUCACCAGUGCCACUUGAUGUCCAUGAAACCAGCGAAAUAAAAAGUGCACUGUAUGCGCUUGGCCAUAUCGCUGCUGUCGUCGAUCCCAGCCUGUUGCCACUGGAAGUAUUACCAGUUAUAUGUCGAUUUGCUGAGUGUUGCCCAGUUUUAAGUAUUCGAGGCACGGCUUAUUGGGUCCUCAGUCUUGUCGGCGGUACAGAACAUGGUUAG